AUCUCUGUGGAGCUUACUGACAACCAGCCGUCUGGUUUCCUAGGAAACAAAAUCUUGGCUAGAAAUAGUGAAUCAUUUCCAGGUCACUUUCAACAUGGAGAGUGGAGCAGGAAGGCACUGGACUGAGGAGGAGGUUAAAGCCUUGUUAAGCGUCUGGUCAGAAAAAAACAUCAGAAAGCAACUCCAUGGAACACUAAGGAAUAAAGGAAUAUUUAUUUACAUUGCUAAAAGGCUACAGGAGCUGGGGAUCUGCAGAGACUGGAAACAAUGUCGUGCAAAGUAUAAAAACCUGAAAUAUGAAUAUAGGACAGUUAAAUAUGCCCACACCUCAGGAGAUGCUACAAAGACCAUGAAGUUUUUCCACGAAUUGGAUGCCAUAUUGCAACAUGAACCUGUCACACAGUUAACAGAGGACGAAAACGGCAGGUGUUCAGCAAAUGACAUCAUAAAUGCCACCAGGGAGAACAAUGAAGGUAAAAAAAAAAAAUAUGAAAAUCGUUUCUGUAUUAUCUUUACCUGAAAUAAAUUAAGAGGCUGCUAGGGUUCAAUCCCCACUUUGCACCACAGAUGGCACAGUUGGAAGAACAAACUGACUUAAUGCACUCUCUCCUUAUCUGUGUGUAUGGAUGUGUGAAAGGGGGGCGGGGAGGGCGGUUCUGCUCACCAGCUUUUCUAUAAAUACAUAAGCCUGAUGGUAGUUAAACCAGCUGCUGGAGCUAGCUAGAUUCAUGAGGCCUUUGCUGUAAAGGAAAGCAAAAACCUCAGAGCAGGGGCUUCCAAACUUCUAUUGCUUUUUAAUUGGGAUUUAUCUGUCACUGUUCAUAUAAUAAUAUAUACAUUUUUUGCAGCUAUCUAGCUCAUACCUAAGGGAAAUAAUAAUUGUGGAACGAGCUGUGCUAUUGAAAUUGAAUUUAAAAUGCCGCAGAGAUGCAUUUAUGCUCAGGUGGAAUGAAAACAAAAGGGCCAAGGUCGAAAGACACAUAUUUGUAGUGAUGGAAAGAUGAUGUCCCUUUUUGAAGUAGCAGUUAAUGAAUAUUCCUUUGGAUAAAUAUAUAUACAGUAGAGAGAGAGAGAGAGAGAGAGAGAGAGAGAGAGAGAGUCUCUUUCCUUUUCACAGUGAUAAUAAAAAUAGCUGUAGUCUUCAGAACAGCUCCUCCUAUUAACUUGUUCAGCUGUGAAUAUCUGUGCCAUGUCUGUCGCUCCUCUGUAUGUCCCUUUCAGAGCUUGUAGCUCUAAAAAGCGGCUUAAAACGCUUUAAAUAAUAGCAGUAAGUAAUAUGCAUUGCAAGGCAGCUUAAUAUGAUAUGUUUUCCAGAGGCCUGUAUGAUGAUAUGUGAUAUAUUUUGCUUGUCCCUUGAAAUCAGAGAAUUAAAAUUGGAAAGGCCAAACGUUGCAAGUAUGUUUAUUAUAUAUAUAUAAAAAAGGAAAUUUGUAUGUAGUUGAGAGACUGGCGGUUCUACAGGAGAGGGUUAAUGGGCCUCUCCUGUUUAAUGCUUAAAGUUGGUCAAACCUGCUGGCCAGGUCUGGCCAGGCACAUCCUUUGUUAUGUAAAUAACAAGAGAUACGUUGCCGUGGAAACUAAAUAGUUAGACAAUUGCUCCUUGAACGUUUGGAAUAGGAAAAGAUUGGGGGGGGCAGACCUCCCUCCCAACUAAUAAUCAGAUAAUUCAGGUGUCUGUGUGAGAAGACUGCAGUUUAGACAGAAAAAGAGACAGAUAGCCAGUUUUAGGCUUACAGGGUGAUUUCAGUCUCCUGGAAUUCUGAUGUCUGAGCAGCGGUAUUUUAAAGCACUAUCUUAUCUUUUUAAGUCCAAUCACUGAUAGCAGUAAGGCCAGAAACGCCCCCCAAAUGCUCUGCAACACAUAUUUAUAUUAAAUGCAAAAAGGACAAACUCACUACAAUGACUUUAAAAAACAAAUUUUAAAUAAUCUUAAAUUUUGCAAGGGGGGCAUGUGUGACGCAAGAAUUGCCCACCCCAAAGAGAGCCAACAUCCACUGAAAAUACAUAAACAACAACAAUAAAUAUGGACAAUGAGCAUCUGUCCUAGCUAACUCUUAUCGGGGGGGUUUUUUCUAGCUUGAAAUACAGCCCCAACAUCUUCCUGUUCUGCUUUCGCAGGAACAUUUUAAUCACUGUACGAAACAUUAUUUUGUGAUGAUAAUGAAGAAAACACUGGCCUCCCCGCACUCUAAAAGGAUUAUGACUAUAUAUCAUAUUCACAGAGAUUUAAUGGAAAAUAAACAGGAAUUAAACGCUCACCAACUUAUUGAUAUCCCUUUUUUAUCCAAUAAUAAUAAUAAUAAUAAUAAUAAUAAUAAUAAUAAUUUCCCACUGACCCUCUAAGAAGCUAUGGACAACUUGCAUUUUAUUGGCACAACAGUCUUGUUAGGGAGGUUACUCUGAGAUAUGGUGACUGUUAUAAAAUCAAUUAAUCACCUUGUUGCCUCCCCCAUUUUAAGUCCCAGUCUAGUCAACAGGCAGCGAGCUGUUGCACUCCACAUAGAUUCUGUCAACACAAAGAUUUCUCAUACAGCACGGGGUGCAAGUGGGGAGGGGAAACAAGGGGAAAUUCCUGUCGUGUUGGCUUCUGCUACCACAACAAUUUAGAUGAACAUGGCCAGUUAUCUUUGAAAACCAGCCAUCAGGCUGCUUUCUAUUUUAGUCUCUUCAUACAUUGUAAUUUCCUACAUGUUGCAUGUAGGAAGUGAGCAGCGAAAUAAACACAGGGCUGCAUUCACACACAACACUGAGCCAUAGUUUAAUGCUACAUGGAUUAGAACAUAUUUGAAUAAUUAAAUUAUUACUUUCAUAUUUAAUAAAUUUAUUGUAAUGCAUAAAUAUUGUGGGGAAAAUAGAAGACUGGAUCUUUCUUCUAGCUUUUUCAUUACUGAAGUACCAGUACAUGGGAAGUAAGAGUAUCAGUCUUGGCUAACAAUGAAUUGUGCUGUAGUUUUUAUUUCCUUUUAAAACGUGAUACAACUUGCUUUGCUUACAUGUGUUUCUCGUACCACAGAAAUCAAUGUCCCGUAACUGCAUGGAUAUUAACAAACAAAUAUAUAUAUAUAUAUAAAUGUUUUAGCUGUUCUUAUUUUAUCUGUAAGCCGUCUUGAGUCUGGGUCAGGGAAAAAGGCAGAGUAUAAAUAACUAUACAAUAGCAACAACAACCACUGCUACUAUUGCUGCUGCUACUACUAACAGCACCACCGCUCCAGAUUCAAUCCUAUACAGUGGUACCUCGGGUUAAGAACUUAAUUCAUUCUGGAGGUCCGUUCUUAACCUGAAACUGUUCUUAACCUGAAGCACCACUUUAGCUAAUGGGGCCUCCCGCUACCACUGCACCACCGGAGCACGAUUUCUGUUCUCAUCCUGAAGCAAAGUUCUUAACCCGAGGUACCAUUUCUGGGUUAGCAGAGUCUGUAACCUGAAGUGUAUGUAACCUGAAGCAUAUGUAACCCGAGGUACCACUGUAAUCACUUCCCAACUAGUAAGCCCCCACUGGUAUUGUACUGCAAAAAAUAAAAAUAAAAAUGCACAGAUGCUAAAUAGCCUUUCAUUAGAUGAAGAUUGUGUGAUCUUGUCCUUUCCUGGCCUACAUCAUUAAAUUGCUAUGUAGAAAAUACUGGCUUGGAUCUAACACUUGGAUAAGUGGAUGAGUCACAUCUUCCACAAAUCCGAGGGGGUCUCCUUAUUCCCUGGGGUGGGUUUUGGAAGACAGAAGAGGGUGGAAAGGCCCCAUCUCAGGAGUAGAGUUCUGCUCAAGAUUCUUUGGAUUAUAACCACACCAUCUACUACAGUGGUACCUCGCAAGACGAAUGCCUCGCAAGACGAAAAACUCGCAAGACGAAAGAGUUUUUCGUUUUUUGAGUUGCUUCGCAAGACGAAUUUCCCUAUGGGCUUGCUUCGCAAGACAAAAACGACUUACAAGUUUGUUUCCUUUUGGAUUUUCAAUGCAUUCCUAUGGGAAACCGUGCUUCGCAAGACGAAAAAUUCGCAAGACGAAAAAACUCGCAUAACGAAUUAAUUUCGUCUUGCGAGGCACCACUGUAUCUAUCUAUCUAUCUAUCAUCUAUCUAUCUAUCAUUUAUCUAUCUAUCUAUAUCUAAUGACUCUUUAUUUCUGCCUCUUCUUCUUCUUUCAGUUUUACAUUUUAAAAUGCUGUGUUAUGUUAGGGUAAGUUUUGCUGUAAAUAUUAUUUGAAAUUAAUAUAUUCAAGGUACUAGCCUGGCUGAGGAUAUCUGAUGACUGUGAAUCUAUGUUGUAGCGUCAAUAGGAAGUUUGCAUUAGAAAUAUCUAUAGCAAGUCAUAAUUCAUAUGAUAAUAUCUUUGUUGCCUUUCCUAUGUAUAACAAUUCUUUUUUCUCUCCCUCCCCCAUCCCAGGUGAAGUUGCAGUUACACUGGAAGAGGAGGAAGAUCCUCCUGCAAAUCCACUACUUUUUAUGUCCCACUGCAGGCCCAUUCAACUAGGUAACAAAGGAUGGCAAACGAGAGACAGCAAAUUCUCUGUUUCUCAUACUCAUUAAGAAUGGAAUAUUAUUGUGUCAGAGGGACAAAAGAAAUAAGUUGGAAAGGUUAGGGCAUUCAGGGAUGGUUUCUUAUUGCACAGUUUCUGUGGUGUUUGCUUUAACGUCUACAUAAAACACAAGAAAACAAAAUUAUUUAUUUUAUGCAACAAUUCGGUUCUUGAUUGGAAACAAGAACAUGGUUUGAAGGCAGAGGAAGUAGAAACUCAACUCAACGUGCAGUUCAUGGGCACUGAUAUAAGGCUAUGAAAUAAAAUUGUCAAACUCUUCUGUUUCAUCAGCUGAGAUCCAGAGAGGACUAUGUGUGAGUGUGCAAGUGCUUCUGUGUGCGCAAGCAUAAGGGGUGUGUGUGUGUCUGUUUUUCAUUGUUUCAAGAAAAAACCUCUUAAGAGUGCUGCUGCAAAGGUUUUCUGACUUUUCCAGGGCUCUUCAAGAGCCAUCUGGUAGAAGGCUUCUGUUGAAGCAGAAGUCAAUCUAGUGUGUUUUUGGAACAAACUCUGAGAUAGGACUCAGACUAUGAAUGGUGCUUUCAGGUGCAUAUCAAACGAUAGAAGGAGUAAAUUUAUUUCUUAUGUACUGUGGGUGGUAUUCCACCAACAAGUCCUUGUCAGCACAAUAAUUUCUGCUUGUGCAGUGAGACUUCUCCCCUCCCCUCCCCACAUAUGCCACACACCCACUCCUCAAAUCUGUUCCAUAGGGUUGAAGGAACCCCUAGAAUGGAUUUCGGAGGAGAACUUUCCACAGCAUACCCUUGUGCUGCCAGAAUGAUUGCCUUAGCAUUGCACUAAGUUCCACUUAAAAUGUUUUGGAAAGUUGUUUGCGCGCUAUGAAUUUGGACAUCUCAUAAGAUAUCUUAACCAAAUUUUGAAUGAUGGUUCCUGAAGUGAAGGAGCAGGUCUUCACCUAUGUUUGGAUACAAUUGGACAUCAUUUUGAAUUAGGGUAGUGCUCUGAAUCUUUCAAAAUGGUAGUGAUUGUUACCACUGAUUUCUAAACUGCACUGAUCUUUCACACUUUAUAUUAUAUAUAUAUAUUAUAUUCUAAAACCAUGACCCCCACAGAAGAAUGAGAGUACCACUGAUAAUCUGGUGCCAUCAUACCCUCCAACAUUUCCCUGUUGAAAAUAGGCACGUCCCAUCCCAUAUUGAUAAUUUUACUAUUUAUAUCCCACACAUCUUAUUGGGUUGCCCCACCACUCGGGGCAGCUUCCAACAUAUAUAAAAACAUAAUAAAACUUCCCUAUACCUUCAGAUGGCUCAGGGGUUGGGUAACUCAAUAACCCGCCAACAUUUCUCCAGUGAAAGUAGGGACAUCCUAAGGAAAUACGGGACAUUCUGGGGUCAAAUCAGAAACUGGGACGGCUUCUCUAAAUCAGGGACGUCCCUAGAAAAUAGGGACACUUGGAGGGUCUGCGCCAUUAUCUCAGAUUCUGUUUCUGCAGUCAGUACAGCUUUGCUCUGAUAAUGUAUGUAAUGUUGGCUUUUGUUAAAUCAGAGAACUUAUAUGUCAGAGUUUUCCAAACUUUGCUGGCCUUCUGUUUUUGGACUACAAUUCCCAUCAUACCUAACAACUGGUCCUGCUAGCUAGGGAUGAUGGGAGCUGUAGUCCAACAACAGCUGGACAGCCAAGUUUGGGAAACCCUGUUAUAUGCUAAACCAAUUUGUUUUCUACCUUGAAUUUAUUUUUAUAACAGUGCCCAGAAGUAAAACUCACUGAGCCUUACUCCCAGGUAAGUGGGUAUAAGACUGAAGCCUAAAUGUGCACAGGCAUUAAAAAGUUCACCAAAACCAUUUUUUUUCUCUCUCUCUCUCCUCCCACCCUUUAUUUUACCUUAUCCUGACCCCAUCCCACUCAAUGCAGGUAACACAUAUCUGAGUCUCUCCCCUAUUCUGCCUGAUGCAGGUAACCCAACCCCAAUACUAGAUGCGACCAGAAGUCUGCCAUACAUUCCAUCUGUAGCAAAUGAAGGAGGAAAACACUGGACUAUUAAUGAAGUUAGAGCUCUAAUACGUGUCUGGUCAGAUAAAAGCAUCCAGCAACAACUCGAGGGAACGGUGAGAAACAAAAGAAUAUUUGAACAUGUUGCUGCUAGACUCCAAAAAUUUGGAAUCGACAGGGACUGGAAGCAGUGCAGGACAAAAUAUAAAAAUCUAAAGCAUGAAUAUAAGAGUGUAAAAAAUGCCCAAUAUUCAGGCAACACAAGCAAAAGUAUGAAGUUUUUCAGAGAGCUGGAUGCUAUUCUGGGCCACAGCAAUGCAGAUAAAACAAGCAGAUCGGAUAAUGAUGACAGCGAACAGCCUAUAGAAUGGGUAGAAACUAAAACAGAAAAGAAUUUCAGAGGUAAGAGUUCUAAGCCAUCAAAAUUAGUUUUAUCAGUUUUGCACUAGUAAAUAUAUAUACAUAUGAAAGUUUAUAUAUAAAAGUGUGUUUAAUUCAAAGUACAAAUAAAUUAAAACUAAUAAUUAAAAGGUCAAAGAAGAUAACAAAACAAAACCGUAAGUACAAAAAAUAAGAAGGAAUGUGAACUGUGAUGAGGUUUGCCUAGUGCCCUAAAGAGGAUAUUCCAUUACAAGAUCUGAAUAGAAAUACAAAACUACUGUUUAUGAUAACUCCAAAUGUCAGAAAGGGCAAUGAUAUGCCGAUAAGGUAGAAUUUGUACUCUUAAAAUGGUCUCUAGUGGAUUGUAUGGAAACACAAGUAUUGUUGGGGUGGGGGUGGAGCCUUGGGCCACUGCUACCAAACUACAUUGUACCCCCAUUUCCUCGCCACCCAGUCCUGAGUAACUUGUGGCUCACUGACAUGAAUGCAGCCAGCCAGUUGGUUUUUCUGUCUGAAACUGACAAAAACUCUGUGUGUGGAGGAUGUUUGAGUGUGUGAAGCACCUGGGAAUAUUUAAAUAUCUUUAAUUCCCUUUUUAAAAAUGGAGAUGCCAGAGGUCAUUUGCUGGAAACACAUUUACAAUGUACUGAUAAGGCAAUGAAAAACACAAGUAUUUAUAGUAUAAAUAGUUAGCUACAGUUCUGUGCUUCCUGAACUCCACGUAAUACAUUUGCAAGAGCAUAUGAUUCAACUGAGAGACAAAACCUUAUUUAUCAGAAUGGCUUGGAGGCCAAAGUAGAGAUAAAUAGUUAUACUUUACGUAGUAUUAAGCUAGCAGGGACUAGAAGGGGAACAAUAGAGGUUUGUCUAAUAGAAAGUCCCAUCCCUUGUUAUCUUUGCUUCUUUCAUUCUUUUCCUCACUCCGGUGUAUCUAAUUCAUUUAAAUGUAGGUUGCAAGGACCUUACGGACAAGAGUCCUGGUUUUGUUUAAGUUACUUUGCAGAAUUAAGCCACAUGGUUGGUGCUACAUAAAACUGGAUAACUCACUUUUGAUUUUCUGGGGGCCAUCUAGAAAAUGCCUAAGCAUCUAACUAUUUUUUAUUUUAUUUAAAAAGCUGUUUCCUUAGAAUAAUUGCAGUAAGACUCCUUAUAAUAAUUUCACAACCUAAUGUCAUAACCUGUAACAUUUCACUCAGAAUUACAUGGAGACACAGGUGCGGAAGAUUCUGUUAGUAGUAUGUCAGGAGAUCUGCAGCUCACAGACACAAGGAAAGUGAAAGACCCAGGUAAACACAGAGAUACUGUUUGUGAAUCCCUCGAUUAAAAUACAAGUAAAAGAUAACUGCAGUAGGAUGUCAGCAUUUGCAUAACUAUCUCUUUUUGUGCGUCUAGUGCUCCACAGCGCAGUAGACAGAACUAAUUAUCUAAAUGGAGAUUUGGAAGAGCCCAUUACCACACAUGUGAAGGAAGACAUAAAAGAAGAAGUUACUGACUUAGGUGAGCAGCAUUCAGUUACAAUCUACUAAACAACAACAACAGAAGGUUAAAUGUGAGGAUGUAUGUUAGGUGACAAUUUAAAACUGUGAGCCAAGCCCAAGCUUAUUCAAUGGCCAACAAUAAAGGUGGGCAAGGAGGAGACCUGUACAAAUCCCAUCCGAUAGAGUCAUAGAAUUGUAGGGCCGGAAGGUACCACUAGAGGCAUCUAGUCCAACCCCUCUGCAAUGCAGGAAUCUUUUUGCCCAACAUGGGGCUUGAACCCACAACCUUGAGGAUAAGAGUCUCAUUCUUAGCUAUCCUGAUGGGGAUACUUUGUCCAUAGCAGAAACAAAGACUUCAUGGAGGUCAAGUGAUGAAAAACCUAAAGGGCAAUCUUUUGCAUGUAAAUGUUGCCUGUAACAAUAAGCCAGGUUUGUUGGCUUAUCUUGGUUUAUUGUUAAUGAGCAUCAUGCUCAUGCAUGCAGCCUGAUCGCUUAACACUUUGCUCAUCCCCUGUGUGAACAAACCAUGAAGCUGAAAUUACACAUGGCUUGUUAGGCUCUCUGAACCUGGAUCCCUGGCUUGGCUCACUAGGCUUAAAUCAAGGUUUCCGGAUGGCUUAUGAUCCUGGCUUGUUUGGAACACCAGGAUCACCGGCUCAGAUGUCAAAACAAGACAUGCUUUAAAUGUGGCUUCCUUGCAUCUCCCACUCAUGUCAGGGGAAGGGCAAAGUGAGAGCAACUAGGCUGGCUGCAUCUCACACUGCUCAGUCACAGUAAAUAGCGGUAAGUCAGGCUUUUCAUUACCUUUGAACGUGGCAUAAAUCAUUAGAUGUUCUCCUACGGUUCUAAACACUACCUUUUAGACAGUCACAAGUUGCCUUAUGUAUCAUGUCCAAUUUGAGUUUGCAUCCCCACUCUCACUCCCCCUUCCCCACACUGUUUGUAAUUCUGCCCAGGGUAGAGAUGUAAAACUUUGAAGCCACCUGGGGUGGGAAGAGAGAAACCAGAUGGGGAGAGAGAAUCCAAUCAGAAUGCAUGCAAUAGGCAUAUCAACCCUAAAUUUUAUUUACUACUCUUAAGAUCAUGCAUCCUAGCUGGCAAUGAGCACUCAGUAGAAUGCUACUGUUUAUUAUGGUUAUGAAGUUUAUCUCUUUAGUUCGUAUUUGACCAAUAAUUGCCAGUCAGUGCCUGACCAACACCAAAUACGAGUUAAGAGGCUACAGAAGGCCCUUGACUAUCUAUAUUGGAGUGUACAAUAUGUCUCCUGUCCCUCAAAACCUGGUUGCAUUUCAAAUUUUCCUACAAACACAGCAGGUUUCUGAGAUACUUCUCAAAAAAAAAAAAAAAAAAAAGCAUAGUUACUACACAUAGUUUACUUAAACAGCCUCAUGCUGGCACCAGCAGAGGGUGCCAAAUUACUUUACCAUAACAACCUAUAAAUCUAUAUAAUUGGCCCACUCUUCUAAUGCAAGAGAAAAAACUAUGGGCUUGCCUGUUUGCUCUGUGUGAAGGAACUUUAACUGAUGACAGCAAAACUUGGCUACAAUUUCAGAAAUCCCAUGUUGUCAGUGAGUAGGUAAGAAACCAAUUUAAGCAAUGCCUUUUAAACACAUACCAAAUUCAGCAAUUAUUUAUCAAAGGUCUUAUUUAGAAAAGGAUUUGAGUAAUUUCCUUUAGUGAAACGCUAUGGCUGCCAGUGAUCUUUUCUUGCUCAAUGUUUGACAGCAUUAUCUAACAGCCCGAGACCAUGGCUUGGAGUUAGAUAACGCAGUCACUGACCCCUCUGCACAGCCUUGGACAUUUACCUCUUUGCUGGGUCAGCCUCUGCUGAUGUAACUGACAAAAUGAUCCGUCGCAUCCUAUCUAUCACAAGGGGAGCAUCAUCAAACAGCCAGAAACCAAUUACAUUAAAGGUCAGCAUUCCACCCACUUCGCCGUGAUGAAACGCCCACAGCAUAGAGAAAGAGGCAAACAAUUUGGAAUAACUGCGAUUGUGCUGCCAAAAUGUCUUCCUUCAAUUAAUUAUCUUAUUAGAGAAUUCUCAGUGUCAUCAGUGCUAUCAAAAGAUGCAGGAGUAUAGCUCUACAAUAUUGGAAGAAUUCUGUGUUUUUUCUGAUGGUGACUCCAACCUGUUUCAGUCAACAUAGGAGCCAACUCCUAGGGGCCAAGGGGUCUUCGGUUCCCCCCAAUAAAAUACUUGAGGGGGCUACCCCCUGAAGUUUAUGGGCACUGCCAUUCAAAUGAUGUGUAUGUCCUGUGUCAGGUGAUCAAUUUUUUUUGUGGGACGGGGCUUACCUGCCCCCUUUUAUUCAAGUUGACACCUCUGGCAGUCAAUAAAAUGAUUUUCGCAAUCCAUUUGGUGGACAGUUUCCCCCCAGAAAUGAAAGAGAAGGCAUAAUAACACACUGGUCCAUUUACUAAAUUAAUGUAAUUCUGGGGACACAACCAUUUCGAUGAUCAGGUUUGCUUAGCACAAAGCUGUGAGCAUGAGGCUACCGCAUUCCUCACCUGGUCCUCCUGCUGCUACAUGGCAAGGAGUGAAAUCAUGGUUUGGCUCAGCAUGACAUGCAAACCAGGCCUCUUUAUGCACAACACCUUCACUUUGUGUGACAGUGUUAGAAAUUAGCCAGGUGCAUUUUGUGACUGGUGCAGGUUCAGUUGCGGAGAUCUCUGGAUACCAGGUUGGUGACAGACAUCUCCACCAGGCUGGCUCCUCCAACUUCCUUAAGCAGGGAAGCAGAAGAGCUUAUUUAUGGCAUUUAUAUCCCACCUUUUUCUCCAAGGGGUAUAUGGUUCGCCCCCCUCCUCAGUUAAUCCCUACAACGACCCUAUGAGGUAAAUUAAGAUGUUGUGACUGGCCCAAGGUCACGCAGUGAGUUUCAUGACUGAGUGGGAAUUUGAACCCUGUUCUCCCAUAUCCUAGUCCAACACUUUAACCACUACACCACCCUGGCUUCCUAGAAUACUUCUGCUAUGGGGAAGCUAUAUAAAUUAAGCAGGUACAUAAGUAUAGGGAAAGCAAAAUGUCGCUUAGAGAAGGAUCUGAAAUAUUCUCCUUGAAGCUUGAAUUUGUUUUAUUCCAGAUUGUUUUAUUUGAUGUUUUAAUGUGUUGUAAACCGCUUUGAGGUUGUUUUUUAAAGUAGCAUAGAAAGUAAGCAAAUAACGACAGCAACAAUAACAAUAAACAUAACGGGGGAGGGGGGAAAUGGCACCUAGACAUUCUGUUGUGACAACCGUCACCCAAGUUUAAGGUGCCAUUAGGCAAUUAGCUUAUGUAUCUGAGUUUCUAACACUUCUUUGCUAGAUCCCGAUAUGUCAUCAUCACAAAGCCAAAUUCUCCCCUCCCCUCCCACCUUGACACCAAACUAUUAAGGAAACUGGAAACUCUGUGUACAUAUCUCAUACCUGUGUGCAGUCCACUACCUGCAGGUGAGCCAUGAGUGAGAACUGGCCAGGCUACAUUGGAGACAACCCUAGGUCUUCCGGUCUCCAGUCUGGCACACUGACUGCAUGCUGAUGCUGAGAGAGUAAAUGCGCACUUAGGCCAUAUUGGGACCCCAUCACAUGCAGGCAUUAAUCCCACAUGGAAAGGUUAUGUCUAAUGAACUAUACAAAAGUACCUAGAAAUCUCAUAUGCUAUCUUGGACCCAAUAAUAAUUAGUAAAUACAUUGUUUACUUUGAAUUUGCACAGAAAUCCCGGAAGACGACGAUUCCAUCCACAGUACUCCCGAAGGUACAGAGCUCACACACAUAAAGCAAGAGCCGAUUGAUGUAGGUAAGUCAACCAUUUGCCACGUGAAUUUGUAAACACUUCCAUCCUCAUUUCAGUACAGAGGUUUUGCUUUUAAAAGAUAGUCAGCUUUAACCAUUUAGCUUUUUUAUAAGUAUAACUCAGUGUGCUUCUCAUGCAACACUAAACUGUGGUUCAGCGGUAUGUGAAUGAACCUCAGCAAAUCUUCCUUCCUUAUCCUCGUUCCAAAUCGUCAGGAGGAGGAUUUCUGCUGAGUUUUCUUUCAGUUUCAAAAAAUCUUGGCGUAGCAUUAUGUGUGAACCAGUAACCCUGGUUUACAGUGGGCCAUACCCACUUCAGCCAUGUGACUCUGGGAGCACUGGUCAAGAGCAAAUGCGGCCCUUGGGACAAAAAUGGUGAGCCACUCCUGGGCUAAAGGAACAAAGAAUGGGCGUUUGCAGACUUCACACCUAUGAUCAAGACUAUUUCCAAGACUUAGUUCUCUGUGACAAUUUUGUUCAUGACCUCAGGGAAUUCCUGAAGUGAACUUCCAUGGGAAAUCAAGACUGAGAGACCUUAAAUAUGGUCAUGCAAGACACCUUAAUCUUCAACCCUAAGCACACUUACUAAAGGAGUCAGAGGUACCUUGGGUUACAAACGCUUCGGGUUACAAACUCUGCUAACCCAGAAGUAGUACCUCGGGUUGCGAACUUUGUCCCAGGAUGAGAACGGAAAUCACGCCGUGGCGGACAGCGGGAGGCCCCAUUAGUGAAAACACACCUCAGGUUAAGAAUGGUUUCGGGUUAAGAAUGGACCUCUGGAAUGAAUUAAGUUUGUAACCCGAGGUACCACUGUAUAGUUAUGUGCUGGGCCUCCACGCACAUAGACUAAAAACGCUUAAGUGGAGAACCAGAGUUGAAGCUCUGGGACCAGCUGGAGGUUGGAGGUCACAUGAGCAGUGAUGGUUGUGCUGCCCCGAGCUUCAACUGCUAGGUAGAGAGGCUGAGCAGCUCUCAGGGCUCUUUGGGGAUUCCUCUACCUUCACUGAAAUCCUCUUUGGGCUCUGGAGAGGGUCUCUUAGUGAGCCACAAGGACUCUCCAACUCUCUCCCAUUUCUUGGUAUUUAUUUAUUUAUUUAUUGGCGCCGCAGGUAUAUGCGGUCACAAACGAGUCAAUUGCACAUGAAUGGGAGGACACCUGUACAUGCCAUCAACUUUACUUCCACACAAACAUGCACAGAAAUGCAUGCUGGAUUAGGGAUCUACAAUACAGCACUCUGCUAUCUAUAUUUAUUGUCUCUCGACCCCUUAAAUCCAGGAACUGAUGUAGGGUGAAAGGACUGUAAAGACAAAUUUGGUGUCUUUAGGGACAACCAAUAAGCAAUGUGUACAGAUCACAUAAAUGCUAUGGUGAAAUACCACAUUAAAAUUGCUCAGUGAAGGAAACAUUGGACUCAAUGCAGCCUUGCUUCCAUAAAGGGAACACAACAUCUGUGCAAGUUGAAAGACGGAAUCACAUCACAUGAGUGCAAUGAAAUAUUCCACACAGUAGUAAAGAGAAUGCAAAUGAUAAAGUAUCAUGUGAACUGAUUCCCUUUCUGCAGAAUGCCUGCUCUGUUUUGGACAUGUACACUCCAUUUGAGGAAAUUAGCUGCAUGAAAUCAGCAGCACACAAAUUCCUUUGCCAAAAGAAAGCAUAAGUAGUAGUUCAAAAAAAGGGUAAAUACUGAGUACUUCAGAACAAGCCAAGCAUUCCCCCCCCCCCAGCCUGUUCUGGGCUCUAAAACUGAAGGCUAAACAAAAUCUUACAAAGCAAACAUGGGGCCCAGACCUGUAUUUCAUUCAUAGUGCAAACAUGUAGGCUGGGCUGAAGGAUUUGCAAAGGAGAGUCAGCAGGCUUCACCAAUUCUUUUCUGCAAAUGCCUUCCCCUGGUGCAGUCUGUCAUACCUCCCACCAGCUUGGUCCUGAAACCAAAAGCAUUUCAUGGAGAAAGCCUUCCCUAGGGUGGGAGAUAUUUGAAGCUGUUCCUCGUUGCAGUCCUCCCCUAUAAAUGGCCCACAAACUACAAUUAUUUUCAGAAAAGGGGUGGUCAGGACCAUAUAUUUGCCAACAUGAUCUCUAAUGGUCUUGACUUGGAGAAUGUGGUAGGAAGGCACACAGGGCAGCAAGGCCUGGGAACUGCAAGUGUGGGAAAAUAAGUGCCACUUCUACUGUGCCGUAUGAAGAGAGCCUGGAGCAAAAUCUGUGAGAGGACCAAGAUAUUUGGAACUCACACAUCUCUCCACCCAGGCAAGAGCCUCAAGCACCUCCCCACAUUACAACAGAGGCCUGUUCUACCCAUGCACCAAAAUGAAGUGGGAAAUGAGGUAGCAGAGAUAUGAGGUUCCCAGAUAGAUGGAUCCCUGGUUCCUGAAUGCUUCUGUGCUGAGUGGCCAUGAGACUUGAUUUAUACAGGCCCAGAUUACACCCAACGAGUAGUGAACAAGCUGUCUGUCACAAGUACAAACUGUUGUUUCAAAUACUUCCCAAGCCACUUUAGGAAGGUUUAUGGAAUGUAAAGUUACAUUCAUGUCCACCAUACAUACACAUGGUGCAAUCUAGAACAAAAUUGAAAGUACUGUCCAUGCCUGGGUGAUUAUAUGAACAAAUACUUAAUAAUAAUAAUAAUAAUAAUAAUAAUAAUAAUAAUAAUAAUAAAUUUUAUUAUUAUAAUUUAUUAUUAUUAUUAUUAUUAUUAUUUCUACCCCGCCCAUCUGGCUGGGUUUCCCCAGUCAUUCUGGGGGGCUUCCAACAGGUGGUUUAAAAUACAUUAAAACAUCAGUCAUUAAAAACUUCCCUAAACAGGGCUGCCUUCAGAUGUCAUCUAAAUGUCAUAUAGUUGUUUAUUUCUUUGACAUCUGAUGGGAGGGCAUUCCACAGAGCUGGCGCCACUACCGAGAAGGCCUUCUGCCUGGUUCCCUGUAACUUCGCUUCUCCCUGUAACGUCUAACUUGUGACUAUUUCUGUGCAUGCCUUCCUCUGUCCUGAUUUCAGAAGUUAUGAAGCAGUAUAACUGAAGCUGCAUAUAUCAUAUGCCAAAAGCAUCUGAAUUUGGUUAUGCAAUCUAAAAGGCUUAUGUAAAUGUUACACAAUUUACAUGUCUUGUUCCAAAUUGCAACGUUUGCAUUUGAAAUUCUGGCAAGUAGCGGAAGGGAAAACAUAUUAAUAUUAAAAACAGCAACACACACACACACUAAACAACCCCCCCCCCAAAAAAAAUAUUACCCCAACCCAAGUCCAUUGAGCAGCCUCAGCUUUUGUGACUGGAGUCAGUCAAGGCCCUGCCCUGCCCUGCCCUCCCAGGCCAGGUGGGGAUAAGGCCUGCAAGGCAGGGAGCAGGUCUUCCAGGACUCACAGCCAAUAUCAUUUUGUUUGGGAUAGUUUUAACAGGGAAACAAUAUUUUCAUUUACUUUAUACAUUAACAGUGUCAUUCUGCUAAUGAAAGGAACCCCCCAGUUGUUUCCACAGUUCCUGUGUACUUGAGAGUAGGCGAAAAUAAGAUGUUUCUAUUCAGACAGAUUAAUGUGAACUCAGAUGUGAGUUGAAUGAAAAGUGGGUUUUCUAGCCUUCCCCCAAAUACUGGUGUGUUGUUGUUUUUUAUAUUCAGCUACUCUGAGCAGUAGCAGCUUCAAACAAAAAGUCAUCAAGACACCAUUCAGAGGCUUUUUGAAUGUUUUAGCCAAAGCGACUAAUUGGACUCUGGUGCUCUGGAGUAUCCUACACUUGAGAAGCUCAACUUGAAAGACAGAUUUCUCCUCCUAAGGGACAAACCAUACAUCAUGUGCCAGAAACCCUUUUGGACAUCUAUACUGAAAUCAAGCGUACACUGUAUCAUACCAAGAGCAUAAUAACAGAGCUUGUUAUAAUCAAAUCAGCAAUGUAGGCGAAUUUGGAAAAUAAUGACCCUCUAAAAGGGUAAGACAAGGUAUCUGUUUAAGGCUGCAGAUCUCUGUACACUGAAUGGAGAGCAAAUCCAGUUGACUCCAGUAGGAGUUGUUUCCCAGUAAGCAUGCAUAGAUUGGAUUGGGCUGCACAAAACUCUUAGGUUAGAUUCAGACCAGAUUACUAACGGUAAUACUUUGUGAUUUUUAAGAAAGCAGUUGUUUACCAGAUGAAAUAUGAAAUUUUGUUACAAGACAACAAAGCCAGAUAAGCAGGGUAUUAUUAUUAUUAAUGAGUUAUAAUUUUUUAAUACUACAAGUGAAAGGGAUGCAAAGGAAGAGUGAAGGCUGCCAUGGAGCUGCAGAUUAAGCCUGACCAUGACAGUCCAAGCUAUAGCUCCACUCACACACAACUGUUGUGGACAUUAUUUGCGGCUCUGCCCAGUUGUAGGAACCUCACUGGCUUUUUGCAAUGCAGCCUUUUGUAGGAUGCCAGGCCUACAGCUGGGCCACUUGGCAGCCCUCUGUCUAGCUUAUGAUGCUAUUUGCCAAAGGCUGCAAGGUGGAGAAAUUAUUUUUGAAAUAACAGAUUGUGCCUACAUACGAUAGUACCUACACACUUUGCAUGUUCAGGUCAACAUUUUGAAAAGAAGGUAGGGAAAGUUAUGGAGAGAAUCAAAAGGAGGCAUGCUUACCAUUCCUGUCUUUUUCUGAAACAGCUCAUCCUGCUCAAGAAUAUUAAUGUAGAAGUGUGGGAAACACAGCUUCAAAUUUUAUUUCGAUUAUUGCUGUUUUAACUGCAAUUCUAGAUGUAGAUUGAUGAGAAAGGCCCAAUAACAGAAGCUAUGCUUCAUUUUUUUAAAAAUUGUCUUUUUAAAAAUAGAUGAUGACUCUAUCAGUACAACCUCAGAGGACGCAUCUGGGUUUUCAAUGUGUAAACAGAUAACAGGGUCUGGUAAGUGAUUGGUCCUUUGCUUUCGGUUGAGGGGCAGCGGGAGGAGGAGGCUGUCAAGUCCCUCCUUCAUGGAUUCUGGUCCCUGGUCUUAUGCCUCUACACAUUCCUAGCUCUCAGUAUUGUACAUUUGUAACAAACAAAAUUGUUGCAACAUACAGUGUUAACAUGCAUGUUUCCCAAUGCAGAACCUGAAUUUUUUUCAAAUAGGAUUCUAGAUUCCUGGGCAGUUUAUAAUCCUGUUGCUGCCCUGUAACACACUCAACUCUAGUCAUUAUCAUGAUUAGGGAAUAUCUAUAAAGUCACAUUUAAUUCCGUCCCCCCGUUACGUUAUAUUACAUGUCUGAAGGAGCUUUCUGAGACACGAAGACCACAGUUCUAGACACACUUCCCUGAGACUUAAGUCUCGCUCAACUUGACAAAGCUUAAUUGCUUCUGAAUAACUGGAAAGUUACAAUACUUAACACACAUGUAGAGAGUAAACCCCACUGAACAAAGUGAGAUUUACUUUUGAGUAAACAUGGCUAGAGUUGUACUGGCAGCCUUGGAUACAAGCUUUGAUUCUUUUGGGGUUCCCCACCCCUGCAAAGUAGAGUAUGUCCAUGAGCAAGAGAAGUACUUAUAGCUGUGGCUGCACAUCCUCUUAAUUCUUCCCAGUUUCUCCUUUGUGAACCAACUCUUAGGAACCAUGUUAAGGCGGAUGCUCGGAUUCUGAAAACCUGGCCGUAUGCUAUGGUUGGACAAUUGGUUCACCACCAAAAUGCACUCCAGCCUUCUAUGCCCCUCUCGCAUAUGGAUAGCCAAUGUCAGAAGCACCAUGUUCAAUACAGAAAGAUUUCUGUACCAAAGUAAUACAGUAUGCCAAACAAGAUACAAUAUUCUACAGCACACUCAGAAAGCAAGUUUACUCUUCCCAUUUGGAUCUUUCCCGUGUUGAUACACGGUGGAUCUAAUUCAGAACAUUUCCUGUUACCUUUAAAGUGUUUCCCAAAUGUGGGUCUCCAGCUGUUUUUGGACUCCAACUCACAUCAUCCCAAGAUAGCAAGACAAGUGGUCAGGGGUGAUGGGAAUUGUAGUUCAAAAAUAGCUGGAGACCCAAGUUUGGGAAACACUGCUUUAAAACAAGGGUAGAGAACCUGUGGCUCUCUAAAUGCAGUUGGACUCCAACUCCCAUCAGCCCCAAUGGUUAGGGAUAAUGGGAGCUGUAGUCCAAUAUCUGAAGGACCACAGGUACUUUACCUCUGCUUUAGAAAGGAAAAAUAAAGUUGUGGUUGUUUUAGUUUCCGAAUAUUAAUCUAUUAUUGGUUAUUUAUUUUAUUUUGAACUUUCAGACCAUCAAAUGUCCUUAAACGAAGCACAGAAUCACUUUAGAGUUAUUACGAUUAAUGACACAGGAGCAGGAAAGCACUGGUGUGACAAUGAAGUCAAAGCUCUGAUAAAUAUUUGGUCCGAUGAGGAGAUACAGCAAAUGCUUGAAGGAGCAACAAGGAAUAAAGAAAUAUUUGAGGAGAUUGCCAGAAGGCUAAUGAAGGUUGGAAUAGACAGAGACUGGAAGCAGUGCCGCACAAAAUACAAAAACUUAAAAUAUGAGUAUCGUGCGUUGCAAAAAGAAAACGACCAGGUUGGCAAUGCAAGAAAGAGGAUGAGGUUUUACGAUGAAAUCGACAGCAUUUUGAGAAGCCAGCCCUCAGGUAUGCAUAUCUGCAGAACUGAUAGAACUAAUUUUAGGUGAAGACACCGAGGACAUAACUAACUAAAGGAGCAAUGUGUAAAAGUUUGUUUGAAAUAUUAUAUGCCUCAUACAAGUUAAUAUUACAGGAAGGUGACAGUAAGUUGUAGUUCAAUGACCAAUAAGUCAUAUCCUUACAGAAAAAUCAGAGCAUGGAUAUACAGCCUACAAACAGACCAUUAAUCAUUUUACUAAGCAGCUGGCAGAGGAAGAGUAGAUCAGAGAGACAGGCUUCCCUUUCUCCACCCCCAGCAAGGAAACCAAAUGGAAUUGGGAAAGAGAAAUGCUGAUAUCUGUUCUUUCUCAAUCAACCCACUCACGGAAUGGAAUUACUUAUUGCCUGUAGCUACCAGAUAAGCUGAAUUAAUCUUGCUCACCACUUUACUCAAAUCUUGGGUUAAGCUGGAAGUCUGAUUAGCACUAACUCCAGUGCCUCGGUUCGCUGUGAUUACAUUAUCUAGGGGUAUUGUGUUUGUCUGAACCAGCCCAUUCUUUGUAAGAAUAAAGCUACAAACAAGUGAAGCUGGAGUUUAGGCAUGUGGUAGUGGUUCAGCAUUAGCAGACUGGAGCACAAAGUGAGAGAUCCACCUUCCCUACUCCAGGUUUUCUGUGUAGAUGGAAAAGAUUCAGGCCCUCCCUCAAGUUCACUGGCAUAUUAAGAAAAAACUUGUGGGAAGAGAGACCCACCUCACUUUACACUGAGAAUCUGUCUGGCUACAUUUUGAACUUGGGCCAACAGUAUUACAUAUAAAUAAGAAUGGUAUUCAUUUUGCCAUUAUACUAAUAAAAACUGAUGUCCCAGUAUGCUUCUUCCUUAGGGCUUCAAGUUGUCUUCUUCGAGCUAACACUUCAGCUGUGUAUUUAUUAUUAGGACCCAUCUUUCUUAACAUUUUGUCACAGAACACUUCUUGUCUUUUUAAAGAGACAGCUGCAGAAGUUACCACAGACACAGCCCCACUGAGCAUCAAAAGAAAAGCCUCUCAGGAUGGUAAGAAUUUAUUUGCAUUCUUACACUAUUUUGAAGGGUAGAUUGAGGACACAAAUCCACAAGAGAAUAAAUCUCUAAUGUGUUCAUUUUGAUCUGUGUCAAGUGCUUUGCGCACACUAAACCUGAAGAGAACAAACAUCUGGAUAGGACACAAGGAUGGAUAAAGAAAUCUGCCUUUUGUGUGUACAGGUUGCAAGGGAUGCUAUUGUGUGUGCAGGUAAGCUACGUGACAAACAUAGCUAUGGAUUCAUGAGGCUGAAUUGUAAUCACAUGCAACCCUAUCCAAACCAGCCCACAUCAUUCAAGCAGAAUACAAAAGAUGGUGCACAUGCUCCUCUGCCUUCCACAGCAAAUGUAAACACUUAUCUUCAUAUGCUGUCUAGAGCCACUGUAUACUCUGGUUCAUGCCCAAGAAAGUGCCAGGCUUGCACACUCCCUCUUCCCCACCUUACACAGCCGGGUCCAUAAUGUUAAGACAUGAGUCUUCAAAUAAAGUCAGCAGAAAUCUACCUCUUUGCUGCAUUGGGAGGAAAUGCAUUGGGUGUGAGCCCAGUACUUUGCUUGGACUCAUUGGCACUCAUGCACAUAGCAUGAAAAACCAUGAUUUAGCAUUACAGUGGUACGUCGGGUUAAGUACUUAAUUCGUUCCGGAGGUCCGUUCUUAACCUGAAACUGUUCUCAACCUGAAGCACCACUUUAGCUAAUGGGGCCUCCUGUUGCUGCUGUGCCGCCGCCGCCCAAUUUCUGUUCUCAUCCUGAAGCAAAGUUCUUAACCGGAGGUAAUAUUUCUGGGUUAGUGGAGUCUGUAACCUGAAGCGUAUGUAACCCGAGGUACCACUGUACAUGCAAACGCAGCCAUGAAGCUAUAUAAGCAGCAGUGAUUUACAUCAAUGAUGCAACUAACUUAACAAGCAAGCUCAAAAAGACAACGGCAUACCAACAUAAAAUCCCAAAGUUUGCAGAAGUACAAAAUAUAUUUUAUUUUAAAAAAUGAAAAAACAUAACCCCAACAUAACCCAAGGAGAACUGAGCAUGUUCAUGGCCACAGAUUUCUGGCCAGUGGGGGGAAGAAACAGAUAACUAGGGAGAAGGGGCGUGGAAGGGCUAUGGCUGGCAGGCACUUUGCACAUGAGCAGUCCACAUGGCAACCUUUCGUUGAAGAUCUCACUCAGAAAAGUAUCCCAUGAACCUACCUCUAUGAGCUCCUUUGAAGAAUGGCAGGAUACAAUUGUGAUAAAUAAAUGUUACUGUAGCAAGUUAACAAAUACAUCAUUCCAUUAGUCUAGCAAGUUUAACAAAUACAUCAUUCCAUUGGUCCUCAUGACUUGCCUAUUGACGCAUGCUAGAUUCAAAUGAGUUAAUCUCUUCAAUUCAAAUUGUCACUAAUCGCUUUUUUCCCUUUUAUAGACUCCUCACCCAUUCAGUUUAAGAGAAGUGUUUCUGAUAACUUAACAAUUCAGUCGCAAGGUGUGUCUGACAGCAUGCAUACUGUAAUCAAGAGCCGAAGGAUGCUUCUAGAGAGAUUUUGCAAGCAGGAAGAAAUGCAAGAUACCAGCAGAACACAGAUGAAUAGCAGCAUCCCUGCAGUGAAACAGGUUGGUUUAAUCCCCACCCAAAAGAUAAACAUGGUUGUUAAAAAAAAAAGUUGCAAACCUCUCUAAGCAGUUUACUAGAAACAUUAGCGUUGCAAAUAGCAAACAGUUGAAAACAAGAAAAACAUUUAAAGAACAUGCCAAAAAGAAUGCAGCGAAGCUAUCUCCCUGAUGUCAAUAGCCAGGGAGCAGAGAAUAUAGGUGCUACUACACUAAAAGAAUGAUUUCUAAUAAUGAUAAUAAUAAUUUAUUAUUAAGUGCGGAACAAGUAUUAUGUGGCAUUUGUAACAGUGCUGGGUCCACACAUCAAAACCAUUAAGUGGGCACGUAUGAUGUCAGGCGAUCCUGCCAGUCAGUUGGUCCCAAGCUGUUAGGGGAAUUAUAUACCAAUAGCUGAACUUGGCCCAGGAACAGAUUUGCAAUGAGUGCAGAUCUCUGAAGCAAGGGGAGCCCCACAUAGGGUGCAUUGCAUUGAUCAAAUCUUUAAGUCACCAAUGCUUGAACUGCUGUGGUCAGGUUCUCUUUAUCCAGGAACAGCCCCAGCUUUUGCACAGCUGGUAAAAGAUGCUUAGAAGUAAAGCGACUCUUGGUUGACAGCAAUGAAAAUCUAGUAGCCAAUGAUCCGAAAUCAAACACACACACCUGCUGCCAGAUAAACAGUGAAAUUAUUGGCCAAACUUAAUUGCAUAGAAAAUUCAUAAAAAUGAAGAAAUCCCUGCUUUCUCCUGUAGUUUUCCCCCAGAGUUGUGCUAGUCUGUUGUUUAAAUAAGGAAUUAACACAGAAUCCUGGCAGAACAUUUCAUGGAUCAGAAAACACACACAAAAAAGCACAUUUGACAAAGCCAGUUCAACUUCACACAGUCACUCGUGCCACAAUAGUUUUGUAGUCUUUAAGCUGCCAGUGAACUGUUAGUUUUGCUGUUAAUUACACAGGCUAUCACAACAAAACUGCUCUGUGCUUUGCAUUCCUAAAAUUUCAAAUACUUUAGUUUGUCAGAAGCCCAUGCACGUCUAAAUUUGUUUCCAGCAUCCCACUUUCCAUUAUAUGGUAUGAGACUUCAUCCUUUAGUAGAAUUUCCCAUUCUACAGUAAUUCAAAGGUCUCAGACGACAGUCUUCUGUAGGUGGUAAAACAGAAAACGCAAUUCAAUGGAAGCAAGUUUAAAGCGAUGCACAUUGGGGCAAUCUUUUAUUCCACAUAUAUGCUCAUGGGGGUCUGAACUGACCAGGAAUGAGACCUUGGGGUCAUUGGGGACAGCUCUAUGAAAAUGUCAACCCAAUGUGCUGCAUUGGGUUUGAAUAAGGCAAAUUCCAUGUUAGGGAUAAUUAGGAAAGUAAUUGAAAACUGCUGAUAUCAUGCCAUUAUACAAAUCUAUGGUGUGACUACUUUUGGAAUACUCUGUACAGUUCUGGUUUCCUCACUUCAAAAGAGAUAUUGUAGAGUUGGAAAAGGUUCAGAAAAGGACAACCCAAAUGACCAAAGGGGUGGAGCGACUCCCCCACAAGGAAAUGUUGCAGUGCUUGGGACUUAAAUCCUGGACACCACCCUUAAUGUCAAAAACGACCCUCUAAAAAUCAGGCCAGAGGAAAAAAUUGUAGCCGUUUCCCCAAGGACCUGAAAAGUUAUGUAGGCAAGGUCAGGGGAGGAUUUUUAUUCUCCAGAAAUGAACUGAUAAAGCAACAUUUUCUGAAAGCACGAGAAAUCUUAUCUUUUGAAAUGAAGUAACUCUUUAUAUACUCUACAACAACAGAAAGCAAAAAGGGCCAAAACAUAAAGAACAAAAAAACCCCUCUGAUAAUUAUUUAUAUUUUGCAACAGUGGUUAAAGCGAACUGUGAGGGCACCGCUUCCCUCCUUUUUCCUUGUAACAAAUCUCAUGGCUCUUCCAUUAAAAUGUUACCAUGCAUGCUGCCUGCCAGAUGUUCAGAUUGGGAGGCAGCCUCGCAAAUGUUCUGAUUGGGAGUAAGUGCAGUGUGUUCAGAAACUCCCAUAGUCUGUGGACAUCCCAUUCCUGCCAAAGUAUUUCUCAAAAUGGAGCGUCUGUUGGAAAAAAAUUAACAAACCCAAAGCUUGUUCCAAAAGGCAUGUUGCAGAACAGCCUGGGUCAAGGACUCACAUGACGUCUCACCCCUGCCCCAAACUUUUAUUAAUUAACAUGGAUUAAGUGACUGGAUCAAGAUAUUCAUAAUAUCGCUCAGUCUUCUUUCGUUGUUGGACAGCUUAGUUUUGUAACAGGUUUUAUAACUCACCAACCCUAUCUCAUGUUUGCAAGUAACAAAAAGGCUAGAUUUGAUAGAUCAACAGCUUGCGGUGGUUUUGCAUAGCAGAUGAAGUAUGUAUGUUUCAGGCAUUGCAACAGACAGCUUUUGUAUAUGAACACAUGAAGCAUGAAUCCUAUAAAAUAUGUUAUUAGUAUUUAGGCUUUAGGGUACCCCCAAGAACUCCUCAAGUAUGUUGAGUUGCAUCCUAAUGUACAGGCAACUCCCUGUUUGCAUGGGAAUUGCGUUCUGGGUCACCAUGUACAAUGGUGGACUGUGCAUAAGCCUGCCCCACCUAUUUUUCUGGCCACUUCCAGGUCGACCAUGAUGUGCGCAUACACAGUCAUUGGAUGCACAUAAAUUGGAUGCACAUAAAUCGGUUAUUGCCUGUACAUGGUUGAGACCUGUGACAUUUUUUGUAGAAAUUGGCCUCAACACAAAACUUCAGAAGGACUUACCCCUGUACCCAUUAUAAGGUAUAUGGUGAAGCCAAACACUAAUUGUUGUGGGAAUGUGUCCUAAGGUUCCUAACAGACCAAACCUCAAGUAUCGUAUUAUUUUUAGGAAGGAUUUCCUAAACAGACACUGUUGUUGGCUGAAAGGCCUAUUCACUCACUUCAUGAGACUGAAACCUAUGCCAUCUUGUAUGGAAAAGUUUCUGGACACUUAAGCAAGCAUUAUUUUUAAUGUGCCUUUCUCAAAUCAGAUGCCUUCAAACUCCCCCCUUCCCCAUUUCACUAUCUUCAGUUUAAUCAUAUGAUUCAUAGCAGAACCAAUGCCAUUUUGUGUGAAACAGCAACAUAUACAACAGGUAAUUUGCAGCAUUUUAAGAGGUCUUUCUCCAAAUUGCAAUUGACUUAAUUCAAAAGGGCCAAAUUAGAUGCAACGGGGCCACUGCCUUUCAUUUCUCUGCUCAAGUGACAUAUGAAGCAAGCAGGUAGUGUUGGCUCUUGGACAGUAAAAGUACCAUGCAAGAGCCGUCCCAUCCUGUUUCACCGUAACUCAACCCACCACUCUAGGCUCUUUUCUCUGUUCUUGUCUCACUGUCAAAGUGAGAACCAACCAUCAGCAGGGAGGUGAAAAACAGGAGUGGGCGGUGCCUGCCUCCCAUACACUCUUUUUACAGAUCAGAUUGCUAGUGCCAAUUCAUGUGAAUACAUCACUGUUGCCAAAAAUGAAAUGUCUCGAUGUCUAAAACUAUGCAAACGUAUUGGCCUGAUUAUUCAUACGUAAUACUAAGUCACAGUUUAGUGUUGCGAGCACAAGCCUUGGGCUCAUGCACGCCCCCAGAUGCCUCUUCUUGCUUGUGAAGCCUGGAAUGAGCAUUGGGGGCCAAGGGCAAGCCCUGCUAAAACGAUAAGGCCCUUCUGCACCUCUUUGGUGCUUUGCUUCUGACUUGCAUCACCUUUGUAUUCCUGGUUUGUUCACUGAUGCUAAGUCAGAAUUCCCCAGGUUGAGGUAACAGGGAAUUCUGGCUUAAUGCAAACCAUAGAUGAAGUGCUAAAGUAAGGGGAUGGGCUGUCUGCUUCAAUACUUGUUCUCGGCUUUAAAAAUCAAGGAACAAUCAUUUAAACCAGACCAUAAUGUUCAAGCCAAGAACUACGGCCAAGGUAAUUUAUGGUUUAGGAAACGGAAACAAGCCGGGAUCAUUAACCACUGUUUGAAACUAUUUUGUUUUCCUGAACCACGGCUAACGCUAACCAGUUUGUGGUUGGGGAACAGAGCUUAAUCGUGAGUCCCUGUUUGGAUGGUGUGCAUGCUAAACUUAAACCUUGGCCUAGUGCAAGAGAGCAGCAAAGAGGACUGUGGAGCAAAGUGUCUGUGAGCUCCUCUCUAGGAGUCCCCAUGCUCUUACUAAACUAAAGCUUGGCUUACUGUGUCACACAAACCAAGCUAGUGUUGUUUCUUGUGCAAGGGGUACUAAUCUAUGAUUUGGCGUAAUGUGUGAAUGCAUCCAAGGAUACAUUACUCUGUCAAGUUGACAUAUACUCUGCUACAGAGGUUUUUGACCUUUUUGAGUCCACGGCUCCCUUAACCAACUACAGUCUUUCUGCAGCACCCCUGUUAUGUCACCCCUUGCCUGCAGAGCUGGCAGCCUCUCACCCUUUUUCCAACACCCUUCCUUAUGGAGUGUUCCCUCAGCCUCCUCUCCUCUCCCCUCUCCUUGGGAGUCUUCUGGGCAGCUACUGCUGCUGCUCCUGGUCUCUGAGCUGCCCCCCCUUGCCCCAAAGAGAGGUGCCUCCCAGAGGCACUAUUUGCCUGCAAAGCCUACAGUCAGGUCUGCUUCAAUAAACAGCUGUACAAGCCUUGGGGAGGCAGAGAUGCAAGAGGGCAUUAGAGGAGGAAGGGAAGGAAAGAGGGACAGAGGCCAAUGUUGCCCGUGGCGCCUAUCAUUCAUGCCACCCCAGGGUGCCACGGCACAUUAAAUGGUCCACGCACAAGUAUGAAGAGAUAUUAAGGACUGACAAGUCAGUAGAGAGGAGAAAGGUCAGGCAGCUAUGGAAGUGUGAGCUAUAUGUAGGGGUAAAGGUAAAGGUACCCCUGACCGUUCAGUCACGGAUGACUCUAGGGUUGUGCGCUCAUCUCGCUCAAUAGGUACCCUUGGCCUAUAGAGCGAGAUGAGCCGGCAUUUGUCCGCAGACAGCUCCUGGGUCAUGUGGCCAGCAUGACUAAGCUGCUUCUGGCGAACCAGAGAAGUGCACGGAAAUGCUGUUUACCUUCCCACUGGAGCAGUACCUAUUUAUCUACUUGCACUUGACGUGCUUUCAAACUGCUAGGUGGGCAGGAGCUGGGACCAAACAACGGAAGCUCACUCCGUCGCAGGGAUUCGAACUGCUGACCUUCCAAUCGGCAAGCCCUAGGCUCUGUGGUUUAGACCACAGCGCCACCCACGUCCCUCAUAUGUAGGGGUAGGGCCUAUCAAUACAGGCAUACAACUCACCUCCGGUUUUAGGGUAAAAUUAGCGCAUACACAAAAUGAACUAUUAUAUUGUUCUAUUUUUACCACUGUGGUGUGUGCCAUUAUUAUUUUCAGGGUGUUUGGUCAUAUUUGGCUAGAUGAGACAAGCCAAUGUUUAGCGAGUAUUUUGAUGACAAAGCAAGCCCCAAGCAGAGAUGUGCAGCGCAGUCCUAUGCACAUUUACUCAAAAGUCGAGUCCCGCUGACUUUCCUAGGAUUUGCAUCCCAGCAAAUGUGCAUAAGAUUGCAGUGUUCAGGUGCUCAGAACCUUACGAACCAUUGUCAGACAUGGUCAGCGCAUUGGAAGUGCAGUGCCUAAUUAAAUGGGUCCUUCUUGAUGGAAGAGUUGGAGCUACCGUUGCUACAGUUUUACGUAUCUCUCUUCGCACCCCUCUAAUUUCCCAUGAGCAGCAAUUGGGCUACAGUCACACCCUGCAUUUAAAAUUCUAUACCACUUUAUAAACAGUCAUGGCUCUCCCCUGCCCAAGAAUUCUAGGACCUGUAGUUUAUUAAGGAAGCUAAGAGUUGUUAAGAGACCCCCCCAUCCCCUCACAGAGCUACAAUUUCCAGAGUUCCCUCAGAAGAGGAGUUGAUUGUUAAAAUACUCCAGGAUUUGUAGCUCUGAGAAUCUUGUGGACUGUGGCUUGUUAAGGGUGCUGGAGACUAGCUCUGUGAGGGGGUAAAUCUGAGUUUCCAGGCGUGUUUGGAGGAGGCAAUGGGCUUUAAAUGCAUGGUGUGUUCACAGCCACAAUGAUGCAUUCUGCAUAGUUCCUGCCCUGCAUCUAUAUAUGUAAAAACAUCAUGAGAUGAACAAGACUGCUUGCAUUAACCAAGCAGGAAAUUAAGCUGUUCCAAGUGCUUAGGCGAACCAAUAGAGUUUGUGGCAGGAUAUAAUGGGAGUUCACACGGUUCUGAGUAUGGCAAUAAUUAGGAUCUGGAUGCUAUGCAAGUUUGAUGCCAACCCUGGUUUUGCAUACCGCUGCAGUUUUAAACUUACCUGCAACUACCGGACUUAAAUGUAGGGAACUGCAGCAAAAAGCGAGGGCCGUAGGAUGCAAUCCUGCAUACAUUUACAAAGGCAAAACCCAGGAAAUCAAUUCCACUCAGCACACGCGUGCACGGAGGUGGGACACGGCUUUGCGCUUCUUUACUGCCUCUCGGCGCAGCCCGAUCCUAGGAAUCCACAACCCAAAAACCCCAAUCCCGCUCCCACCGGUUUAAAUGCACUUUCUCCCCAGCAGUUGCAUACAGAACUAGCGUGCGGUUGCAUGCAACAGUUGCCUUUGUAGGGAGCUUGCCCUAACGGGUGCAUCGAGCCCCCACAACUGCGCCCAGGCCUUCCAAGCAACCCACCCUCCCCCCGCUUCCCCAAACCGCCUGCCCACCCCCCACCCCCGCCAUGUACCCUACCUGUGCUGCAGCCCCACUAGCCCCAGCGUGAUCACAUGGGGCACGUCCAGCUCCGUGGGCCACAGGCCGGAGGCGAUGCACCCGAACACGCCGCACUCCUCCCGAAUCCCCAGCUCCUCGAAUUCCAUGGUGCCCGAGCGAACACGUGUUGUUGUCAGCGCAGCUGCUUCUGUUAUUGCCGCUGCUGCCUCCUGCCGCCGCCGCCUGGGUUUGAGGGGGGGGGCGGAGGAGGAGGAGAAGGAGGCGGCGGCCUCAGAGGCGCGAGUUCCUCUCCGCGCCCACCCCUUGCGCCCGCCUCAUUUACAUGCAUACAUGACGAAGGGGCGAAAUUCCCCGCCUCGGGGCUGCUCCGCGCGCCCGCGGGGUGGAGUUGGUUUCCCCACCCCAGAGCAGCAGAGCAAGAGAGGUCGCCUUCGGGGCGGGGGGGAGCUGCUUUGUAUCUGCCUUUGGACACAACUUAGCUCCCGCUCGCUCUUUCUCUCUCUCCACAAGUUAACUUUGUUUCCCUCUCUCUUUCUCUCUGCGCGCGCGCGCGCUUCUGAGAGCGUGUUUUGCCCAGUGGCUCCGAGAGUGUAAACGGCUGGCUGAAGUGCUGAGGAGACCGCGAAGGGCGGAGGGAGCUGGGCUUUGCGCGCGACGGAAGGGUUCUCUCUCCCCCCCCCCUUAUGGAAACGGGGUUAGAGGGAAUAAAGGGGCGGGGAGGAGACUUCGGUUUUCGCGCGGGGGAAGGGGGCGUCGGCGGGCGCUCGCCUCAGAUUGGAGAAACGCUACCAAAGGGUUGUGAGCGGUGUGUGUGUGUUAAAAACAUCCCUCCCUCCGUGGGUGGAGGAAAGGGGGCUGGAAGCCAGGAUGUGGCCCGGCGGAGAGUUUUAGGUGGCCCAACCCCUUCCCUUUCCCAAUAAGGUGGAAGCAUUGGCGGGUUUCUGCAAGCGCGCCCCGCCCCUCUUGGCCGCCCCCUUCCGCCGCUGUCCCCCCCCCUUCUUACGCAGCCCCAAAAGUGCCUCCGGACUCCGAACGCGCUUCUUUUUCGGGUCGCUUCCCUCUCGCGCGUUGCUAACUUGGUUUUGUUCUCUCCUAGGCGUCCCAGGCGGUCUCUGCGAUGCCUCCCAUACGCUCAGGUGAGUCGCUUCGCCCGCGCUGGCGGAGGGAGAGAGCUGGCGCCUGCAUCCAGCAGUUGCCCCUCGCCAGCGACCUGCCCGCCUAGCAUAAUAAUAUCCCACCUCCCCGUGCGGAUUGUAGGGAAAUCGUGUCUUCGGUACUCCCCGGGCUUUGUUUCAAAAGUUUCUUGCGGGAGGAAACUGGUACACAGCCUUAAUGUGCGUUAUACCUAUAGGCAGAUUCCUUUUUUCACGGAGGACAUUUUCUCCUGAGAUUCUUCUGCGGGCGCUGUACAGAUCUACUGCUUGAGAAAGAGGAGUUUCAAAAGUUUUAUGUUGCUUAGUCAGAUUUCACUUCAGUUGUGCUUACCUUUUUGUCAAAAGCUCUACUGAUGACUAAGGUGAAUAAUCCAAUGCCCCCCCCCCAGUUCCUUUGUAUAAGAAGCAACACUUGCAAUUGUGCUGAUUUCACAUGCCUCGGAUUGUGUUCACAGUCUGUGUGUGCUGGGCAAGCAGUUGAAAUUUGCUAUAAAACAAGGAGUGCAUGCAGUUAUUUUGAUGCAUGCGAUCCUCUGCAUGCUUUCUGUGCAGGAGGUGCAGGUUAAAAUGCCCUUGGGCGUUUUCAGAGAUAUUACUGGAAUUUGAGUGUCUGUCUCUUGGGACCUGCAACAAAACGUUGCAGUGUGAAGCGCUCAUGCCCAGAGUUCCAGCCAGCCAAGUUUUAAUGAACUACAUAAGGAUCCACAUGUGAAGAAUGAAGUUUCUAUUCUACAAUAUAAUUUGGUUUAAGGCAGGCUUCCUCAGCCUUGGCCCUCCAGAUGUUUUGAGACUACAAUUCCCAUCAUCCCUGACCACUGGUCCUGCUAGCUAGGGAACAUGGGAGUUGCAGGCCAAAAACAUCUGGAGGGCCGAGGUUGAGGAAGCAUGGUUUAAGGGAUUUAUACCGCAUCCUUCUGAAGGUUCCCAGUGUGGACGAAAAGUUAAAAUUGGAAUAAAGCUAAUGUUAAAGUAGUAGUAAAAAAGCAGUUAUCAGGAAUAGAAACAAACAGUAAGAAUAAAAGGAAUGUACAAAUGAUUUUAAAAAAGUAUUAAAAACCUGGUAAUAUAAAAGGCCCCUGGUGCUGAAAUGACAUCAGAGUAGGCCCCCCAGGGAGAGCAGUUCAUAAUGAGGGUUUUAUCAGCAAGUAGGCCCUUUCCUCUGCAGCCAUCCUCUGUAUGUCAGACGGCAGGAAAAUCUAAAGGGCCUACUCAAUAUCUAACUUUAUUUCCAGAAGCGAGUCUGGAAAUAAACUGGGAACCAGUGCAGUUUGCAAACCACACAUACACCCUUGCAGCUAUAUUUUGAACUAAUUGCAGUUUCUGGACCAUCUUCAGAAUUGCAUCUGAUGUUCCGUUGUAUGGUUAUAAGCAAGUUCUGUCAAGGUCUUGCUCCAGGGAAGUUUUCAUAGUCUCUAAUAUUUGUCUCUUUUAUCGUUUUGAAUACUGUGUAUCCGAAAAUGUGAAUGCAGCUAGCCUUACUAUGAAAGUUGCAUGCAUAUUAGUUGAACUGGGAUCCUUGCCAUCCGAUUUGCAUCUGCUUUUGUGGAGGGACUGAGGUUUACCUCACAGUAAGAUCCACUGAAUAAAGUGCAAAUUACUUCUGGGGGGAAAAACAUACAAUAGGGUUCCAAGAUGAAGGGUUGUAAGUUGCUAAGAUGCAUUGCAAAGCUGCUUUCAGAACAUAACAAUUUAAACUGUAUUUUUCCAUCCCCUCCAGAACUUAAACUUGGCAAAAAAAUAAAUGAGGGGAAAACAAAAGAAGUCUAUGAAUUGCCAAAUCUCCCGGGAUGUGUUCUGCUUCAAUCGAAAGACCAGAUAACGGCCGGAAAUGCAGCUAGAAGGGAUCUCAUGGAAGGGAAGGCCGCAAUCUCAAAUACAACAACAAGCUGUGUGUUUCAGUUGCUCCAGGAGGCUGGUAGGUGGUGGGAAUUACGGAGCUGCAUUGGGGAAAAACCACUUACUGGCAAAACAAUUUAAAGCAAUAAAACCAUAAUCAGUCACUAUGAGGUUACAUUGCUUUGCAACUUAUGAUACACUGUCCACCUGGUAAUAUGGAAUCUAGUAUGUGUUAAGUACUAUUUUGACCACAUGGGAUGCAUUCUCAAGAUUGCAACACCAACAUUUCUGGGGAAAAUCGCCCAUGUAAAAAUGAUAAAGCUACUCAUUCCUUACAUGUAGGUUACAUGGAAUGUCUGUAGCCUCCAGUACCACUGCUUGUUCAGGCAGUAGGCUUUAGCAUGUAUUUGCUCUUUGUUUGUGACCAAAUAAACUUUAAGCAGUUUAAAGCAUUCCGCAUUCUCUGUUCAAAACGGAUGCACCCCUAAAUGUAUUCAUACUACGUUUUGAGUGUUCAAACUACUUCACAUACAUUAAGUCUUACAAACGCCAUAGAAGGUAUCCUGGUAUUAUCCAAAUAUUUCUAAUGGGGAGAUAGCAGAGGCUGAGGGGGAAAUAUUUUAAAGCUACCUAGUAAGUUUGUGGCUUGAGGUGAGAGUUGAAGCAGGGACUCUCCAGCUACUACACCUCAGGUGAGACCAAAUGCCAGUGCAGUUGAAUAUCCACUAGCACAGUGAGGCUUCUCCUACCACCUGGUGUAUCCCCCCCAUAUCUGAAGGGUUGAUGGAGGCUCUGGGGCAGAUUUUAGGAGCGAGAAAAGAAACUGAAGAUCCCAUUGCACAGGCAAAUUUCUGUAGCAUAUGUGAGUGUUAUGAGUCUCCUCAUGCCUUAUCUGUGUGUGUGUGUUAUUCUGAAGAAUUUGGGCCAUGAUUACAGUCGUGGCCAGUAGCCUUGUAUUACAACCUUUGUACAUUAAAGUCUGUAGGACAAAGAAUAGCCCUUGCAAACUAUAGGUUAUUCAAAAGUUCUAAUAAAACUUGCAUCAUUAUAUUAGAAUGAGCUUUUUGAACUUGCUUCAGGCCAGUGUGCUGUGAGGAAAUGGCGGUCAUGAGCAAGCACUUUGGUUUAAAAAUUAACUCGAUUAGAGCCCUUUCUCCUGCUUCAAAGUGAACCCCCCUGAACCCUCGAAACUUUGCUGGUUUAAACAUUGCCUACCUUUUUGGAGGCAAGAAUGUCUGUAUCUCUUCCAGAUUAGUGCUGCUGAUUACCAAGCUGAACUUUAUGCUGUGCUCCCAGAAUAUGGGAUGGUGUCCCUUUUGGGAAGAGAGUGCUGUGUAAACUACGUCAUUUAACCUUUCCCCCCACUCUUCCUCAAAGAAUAUAAAAACCUAAUAAGAGUUGGGUGAACCAGGCCAAUGGUCCAUCUAGUCUUGCAUUCUGUUCUCACAAUGGCCAACCAGAUGCCUGUGGGAAACUCGCAAGGAGGACAUGAGUUUCCUCCCCUCCUCCAGUUUCCACCAACUGAUAUCUAUACUGGCUCUAAAGCUUUAUUUACUUUACUAUCUGCUCCUUCUCAAAGAUUCAUAAUAUUUUCCUGCUACCUGGUCCUUGACGGCAACUAACAGGUUUGAGUUCAGAGAGCCAUAGUGGUUGCCAAACAUCUUGUAUUAACUUGCAUGGAAUGCUGAGGCUGAAAUCCUAUGCAUGUGGAAGUAAAGCUCAUGGACACAAUAGGAUGGGCUUCUAAGCUAAUAUGCUUGGGCUUGUUGCUCUAUAAAACCUCCUUGGCUUCGAACCAUCCAUAACUGUACUCCAGACAUAAAGGUAAAGGGACCCCUGACCAUUAGGUCCAGUCGUGGCCUACUCUGGGGUUGCGGUGCUCAUCUCGCUUUAUUGGCCGGGUUAUGUGGUUUCUGGGUCAUGUGGCCAGCAUGACUCAGCCACUUCUGGCGAACCAGAGCAGCGCACGGAAACGCUGUUUACCUUCCCGCUGGAGUGGUACCUAUUUAUCUACUUGCACUUUGACGUGCUUUCGAACUGCUAGGUUGGCAGGAACUCCAGACAUUACAAAGAUUGAAGGGGGAAAGUAACUUUUCUUUUCCCACUCAAAGUUGUGUCUCCCCCAGCUGCUAUUUGCUUCUUAUAUUUGUCUCCUAACAUUGCUUAUUUCUGUAUGCUUCGCCUGCCAAUUUUGUGCAGGUCGAAAUUGCUGUGCCAAACUCUUGAAAUGUCUUUUCUGCGUUAUAGGCGUACAGAUUAUGUUUUCCCCCACCACUCUUGGAUUUAGAAGUGUGUUUCAGUCAUAGGACUAAUGUGUUGUUUAAUUCCCUUUUCAGGAAUUAAAACUGCUUUUGUGAGGAAACAUAGUGACACGGCAUUCAUCGCUGCUCACUGUGAAAUGAUUCCAAUUGAAUGGGUUUGCAGAAGAAUUGCUACAGGUUCUUUCCUGAAGAGAAACCCUGGCGUCGAGGAAGGCUACCGCUUUAACCCACCUAAGAUUGAGAUGUUUUAUAAGGUGGGUAAUGUAGAUAUGGCUUGCUGUAAUGGUGGUCAUGGGAUACCAGACAUCAGCUGAUUCUAAUAGACUUUUGGGAACGACUGAAGUCAUUCAACUUCAGUAAUAUGUUAAAACCGUGAUAUGGUAAAAUUGGUGGUCCGUGCAGGGCCGGAUUUAGGUUUGAUGAGGCCCUAAGCUACUGAAGGUAAUGGGGCCCUUUAUAUGUCCAGCUGCCCUUUGUCAACAACAAAUUGUCACUGUUUUUUGUGUUGAAUAUAUGCUAUAUGGUAAUUUAUGGACCUAAUAGGUAUUUAAAGCCAUUUGCACAUGUUGCCAUGCUACCAGUCCAUGCAGAAUGUGGGCACCCUAUAUAUAGAAAUGAGCAAACCAGUGAUAUUUUAGGGAGCAGGCUAGCAGGCAGGGCCCAUUACUUACAUCAUAGGAGCCUACACAACUCAAAACACUGUUGCUGUAUGUAGGUUUUAUUUUAUUUGUUUUUUAUUUUAUAUUUUGGAAAUGUACAUCCAGGGUUUUUUUCCCUUUAAUUUUUUUGGGGGCCCCAAGAGAGUGGGGCCCUAAGCUAUAGCUUGUUUAGCUUAUAUGUAAAUCUGGCACUGCGUGGACCUCAGGGAUCCACGUAGCCCACCCAGGGGGUCCGUGGCACAUACCUGUUGACUGGGACAUCCUGGAUUUUGGGGGGGAGGAGGGGUGCUGAUGUGACUCAUGAAAUAUGCAUGGUCCGGUUUUGCAUGGUGGCACCAUUCACGUAACAAAAACUAACACAGAGAAAUCAACUUUUUCAAAAGUAGUGGGUCCAUGGCUUGACUUUUGAAAAACAGGGUGGCUACAGUACUUAGCUAACUGGGAACCACUGUGGUAAAACUAAACUUCCCAUUAUAAGUCUCCCACAGAAACAUACUUCUUUUGAGAGGAAGAGCAAGAUAAUGAAUGAUGGAUGUGUCUGUACCGCUGUCAGUCAGAAUGAUUAUUUUGAUUGAUGGUGGCUUUUAAUUGUUAGGUAUUGACAGAUUAAGGAUUUGUUCAAAAUAAACUUGUUGAUGCAUCAAGUAAAAACAAUGUACUUGAGUCAAUAACACUUUCCAGAAAUUUCCAGUUCUUUCCCCCCAAAAUGAUGGUGUGCUUUUUGAACUGGGUGCCUGGUGGAAAUGUGAAGCUGUUCUAAAUAAAUCACUGUUUGUUUACCAGGAUGAUGCAGCCAAUGAUCCACAGUGGUCUGAAGAGCAACUCAUUGAAGUUAAGUUCAAGUUUGCCGGCCUUGAAAUUGGGCAGACUGAAGUUGACAUUAUGGCCCAGUCUACUCGAGCCAUUUUUGAAAUACUUGAAAAAGCAUGGCAGCCCCUGAACUGUACUUUAGUGGACAUGAAGGUAUAAUGAAGUAAUCUUUUAAAAGCGUGUGUCAAUUUGAAAGCAACAAUAAAUUAGCUAACUUCAACUUUUCCCCACCUUCCUUUGGGAUAUUAUUAGGUUGAGUUUGGUGUGAAUGUAGCUACAAAAGAGAUUGUUCUUGCUGAUGUCAUUGAUAAUGAUUCUUGGCGAUUGUGGCCAUCUGGAGACAGAAAACAGCAGAAAGACAAGCAGGUAAUUCUAUGCUUAUGGUUUGCUUGUUUUUUGUUACUUUUACUAUUAAGCCAGUAUUCUGAGCGCCUAUCUUUUGCUCUUCUGCUACUGCUGCAGAAACUCUGUGCUUGCAGCUUCAUAGCCUGGAUUGCCCUAAGUACAGUGGUACCUUGGUUCCCAAACUUAAUCCGUUCCGGAAGUCUGUUCCAAAACCAAAGUGUUCCAAAACCAAGGUGCACUUUUCCAUAGAAAGUAAUGCAAAAUGGAUUAAUCCGUUCCAGACUUUUAAAAACAACCCUUAAAACAGCAAUUUAACAUGAAUUUUACUAUCUAAUGAGACCAUCCAUCCAUAAAAUGAAAGCAAUAAACAAUGUAUUGCAGUCACACAAUCAAUCAAUCAGUAGCUGAACUGGGUUCCACACAGUCACAAAAAAAAAGAGCCGCAAAAACUCAAAAUAAAUAGCAAAAACAGACAGACCUCAGCAUAACACUCAAAUUGGAAGCAUGGCACUCAAAUUGGAAGCAUAACACUCAAAUCGGAAAUGGAACACUGUUACGGAGCACGUUUGGCUUCCGAAAACAGUUCUCAAAGGAACACUUACUUCCGGGUUUGCAGUGUUUGGGUUCCAGGUUGUUUGAGUACCAAGGCGUUUGAGAACCAAGGUACCACUGUAUAGUGAAGGGACCUUCUUAUGCUUUGACCUGUAUGGCAUAUUAUAAAGAGAGUGCUAUGUUCUCAGCAUGGGGCCAGAAUGUACAUAACAUCCUCCGUGGGGCAGAGCUGUGCCACUGAAACUCUGCACUAGACACUUCUCUUCCAAAGGUAUUUAAAGGGAGAAAGGAGAGUGAAGGCACCAUGAAGCUCUAUUCUCACAAUGACUGAAAAUCCUCUGCUUGGUGUCAUAACAGCAAGCUGGCUUUUUGUGUUUUGGCACCAUCUUUUAAAACUGUUAUUCUUGCUCUGUCGAGAAACGUCCUUAUUAUCUCGGGCACCUGUUACAAGCUGAAUAGGAUGCUAACCCCAGCCCCAGCUUUUAAAUCCACUGAGGUUUUGAAUUUCAACUCUUCUUACCUUCGCACAAAGUGACCCAACCUGUGGGAGUGUGCAGGAUUGGCUGCUGAUUGUGGGAGUAUAGCUUAAAAUAAUCAUAAUGUCAUGAAUUCUGCACAUUCAAAUGUAAUUUUCAUAAUUGGUUAUAAAAAAAAUCCAAAUAACCCUCAUGUAACUAAUAAAAUAAUGGUAUUAUCAUUCCCAUGUGAGUAACUGAUUUUUUUAUAGUGAAAUAAAUGUGAAAAUAAUUUUUUAAUGUAUGGAAUUCAUUUGAUUGUUGUUGCUUUUAAUUCAAAUUUACCAAUGAUAAAUAAAACACAUUAGUGUGAUUAUGUGAAACUGGUUUGUUUAUUAGCACCUCAGUUGAAUUAAGAUUCAACUUGGCUUGCCUUCAUAGUCAGAUACUGUAACCAGUGGAAUAUAUUUUGUUUGCUGUUUCUUUUAGUCUUACCGCGAUCUCAAAGAAGUGACUCCUGAAGCACUGCAGAUGGUGAAGAGAAACUUCGAAUGGGUAGCUGAAAGAGUGGAGGUAUUGGCGCUAGCCUGCAUGAGACAGAUAAUUCUCUUUGCCUCUCAUGCAAGUACUUAAAAUUGUCCUUUGACUUUCCUUUCUGCUAGCUUUUGUUGAAACCACAGAGCCAAGGCAGAGUGGUUGUGCUAAUGGGAUCCACUUCAGAUCUUGCACACUGCGAAAAAAUAAAAAAGGCUUGUGGGAACUUUGGCAUUCCUUGUGAAUUACGAGUGACCUCUGCUCACAAAGGACCAGAUGAGACACUUAGGAUCAAAGCUGAAUAUGAAGGUAAAACUGAUUUUGUUUAAACCUAGAGUGAUAGUCAUUGUUACUUAGCUUAGACCCAUUGAAAUCAAUUGACAAUAACUAACACGGGAGGUUAUGUCUAUUCCUGUAACAAAACAGUUUUCCUGGGAAAAGGGUGAAGGAAGGCAUGCAUAGUGUUUGAUGCUAGGUAUUUUUGUGUCAAUUAUUAGGUGAUGGAAUUCCUACAGUGUUUGUAGCAGUAGCUGGAAGAAGCAAUGGCCUGGGACCUGUGAUGUCUGGAAACACGGCAUAUCCUGUUGUAAACUGUCCUCCACUCUCGGCCGACUGGGGUGCUCAGGAUAUAUGGUCAUCUCUGAGGCUGCCCAGUGGUAAGUACCUGCCCUUGAAACAAAUUGCUGUUUGCAAAGAGGCAGUACAUUUUUCAAGGUCAAAGCAUGCCGUUGCCCGUAAUUUGAUCAAAACCGCUCACUCCAGACACAUUUGUCACUUAAUCGGGGCUUACUUCAAAGUUAAUGUGCAUUUUCUAGGGUGGCUCCCUAUUUUUCGAAUGCUCUCUCCAGGGAGGCUCGCCUGACGCCUUCAUUGCGUAUCUUUAGGCACCAGGCAAAAACUACCUCCUUCUCCAAGGCCUGUGGCUAAUUAAGCAAUCUAUGGCCUUUUAAUGGGCCUAAUAAAAGGUAUUGCCCAACUGUAGAUUUUAGAGUUUUAGCCAUUGUUGUGUAUAUUCUGCUCAGUCUUUUCCAAUCAUGUUAAUAAGGCAUAUCUGCUUAAUUCUGUGUAGUUUACGACUUGUGUUGAAUAGUGGAAAGGGGGGGGGGGGAGCAGGACAGCAAGAGAGAGUCCCAGUGCAUUUCCUGAAAACCAUACAUAGUCUGAGCAGUUAAGCAUAUUUCUGGCACAUUUAAAAAAUAUCUAGAGCUAUCAGGGCUCCAAAUAUCCUUGACAAACAGAAAAGCGGGACUUUCAGAGUCUUCAGAUCUGCAUUAGACUAGAUGCACUGUACAACUCAAAACUUGACUUAAGUUAAAAUUAUACAUAAUGGCUCUUCAGAGCAGUUUUAGAAUUGGACCAGGACAAGUUUGAGUAGUGUCGUACUGCCCUCUAGUGGUUUGAAAUCUCUUCCCCCCCAACCCACUUUUCUGAGGUUUGGUUAUAACUGAAAAAUUCAGGGUUUAGCUUAAGUAUGGUAACUGCAUUUGCUUGCAGUCAUAUACAGAUGGACAGCUGUAAAAUCAAAACAAAGGCUAUCACUUUCCUUUUUAUUUUUAAACAGGUCUUGGCUGUUCCACAAUUCUUUCACCCGAAGGUGCUGCCCAGUUUGCUGCUCAGAUAUUUGGGUUGAAUAACCACUUUGUGUGGGCCAAGUUGCGCUCAAGUAUGUUGAAUACAUGGAUCUCGCUCAAGCAGGCUGACAAAAAGAUGAGAGAAUGCAAUUUAUAAACCGCUUCUUCGUUCUGUGUUCUGCCAGCUAUCAGAAUAUGGCAUACCGUUCUUAACUCAAGAACACACUCACCAGUUCUAUCAUAACCAGAUGAGCCUGCAGGUUCCAAGCACAUACGGUUAAUCUUUGGCUUUCUGAAAGCUGUAGAACUUCACAAACGCUACCAGUAUUAUGGAGUAGUUUUUACUGAUCCAUCUCAAUAGCUUAUUAAACAGAGCUAGUUACCUGUAUUGAUUUGUAAUCCUGAACAGAAUGUUAAUUCUCAAAGUUUCUAUUGAACAGCUAGCAAUAACAGCAACUGUCUUAACCAAGAUUCUAAUUAAGAACCUGUUCAACAAUGUGGCAGAGGAAAGAAAGGCUAGCCAUUAUUUCAAGAUAGUAUUGUGAAAUCUGUAUUCGGAGGGAAAGUGUUUACCAAAUAGGAAUAAAAGAAGCUUUCACUAGUGUGGUAUUUUUUUUUUAU